AUGCAUCCCAAGGACCGACCGUUGCAAUCGAUCCUAUGGCGAGCAUCACCGGCAGAAGACGUUGCAACAUAUGAGCUAAACACGGUCACUUAUGGAACGAGACCGGCACCAUUCCUAGCCACUCGUACGCUAAAGCAAUUGGCAAAUGCUGAACAGGAUUAUUUUCCAGAAGCUGCCAAGGUAAUCAUUGAAGACAUCUACAUGGAUGACAUCAUCACAGGAGGCAAUAAUCCAACAGAAGUACGCAACCUGAGAAUGCAACUGGAAAGCCUGAUGAAAAGUGGUGGAUUUUCUCUCAGGAAAUGGGCGAGCAAUUGCCCAGAAAUAUUAACAGGAAUCUCUGAAGAGAACCUGGCAAUACAAAAUUGUAUUAAUUUGGAUACAAAACCAUCAGUUAAAGCAUUAGGACUUACCUGGUUACCUGAUGAAGAUGUUUUCCGAUUCGAUUUUAAACUUUCCACGACCGACGAUGAAACAAUACUUACCAAACGUCGGAUUCUUUCAAUCAUAGCCACUUUGUUUGAUCCUCUCGGAAUAAUAGGAGCCACAAUCACAACCGCGAAAAUUUUGAUGCAAUUCCUUUGGAUAUUGCGUGACGAGAACGAGAAGUUAUUGGAAUGGGAUCAACCGGUACCCAAAACGGUGGGCGAGAAAUGGCGAAACUUUUAUGAACAACUUCCACUCCUGAGAGAGACAAAAAUUAAACGAUGUAUAAUAAUUCCCGGCGCUGUAUCGGUGGAGGUCCAUUGUUUUUCGGAUGCAUCAGAGAAAGCGUAUGGUGGUUGCAUUUAUGUAAAAAGUCAAAACCUAGAAGGAAAUACGCAAGUUCACCUCCUAACGUCGAAAUCUAAGGUUGCCCCGCUGAAAACGCAAACAAUUCCGAGGCUCGAGCUGUGUGGGGCACUGCUUGUAGCACAACUAUUUGAAAAGGUGCAGAAGGCUAUUAAGGUAGAAGCGAGAUCUACAUUCUGGACAGAUUCCACGUGUACCUUGAACUGGAUCCUUUCCGCUCCGAAUAACUGGACUACCUUCGUCGCAAACAGGGUGGCCAAGGUCCAAGACAUAACAGAGGGUUGUGCAUGGCGGUAUGUUCCGGGUACACACAAUCCUGCCGAUCUCAUAUCCAGAGGCAUCUCUCCGAGCGAUAUUGUAUCCAAUAAAUUUUGGUGGCAUUGUCCCAGUUGGCUUGCAGAGGGUCUCGAGAAUUGGCCAGAAUCCACGACUAACAUAAACCGGAAGGAUGGCUACACAGAACGUCGGCGUACAGCUGCUGUUGUUGCAGCUUCCACAGAAGAAGAUUUCAUCGGCUAUCGGUAUCUGUCGAAAUUUUCCUCCUAA